AUGCCAAGGUCUUUCCUGGUGAAAAAGGUGAAACUGGAUGAUUUCUCCACCGGGGCGGAUUUGGAGAACGUCUACCGGCACAGGACAGACCUCAGCCUGCGGCUCCAUGACAAAGCUGGUUACAUCAGUGACUACAUCAGCCCUGUUGUGUAUGAUGGUGAGAGUGACAGUGGGAUCAAGGUGCCAUCCCCUGACCCCCUCUACGAUGGUAUCCACAGCGACUAUGGGGCUCCUGACUCUGAGUCCCCUGACAGUCCUGGCUCAGAAAUCACUGACGGUUACAUCAAUGGAGAUGCAGCAGUGAGUGAGGGCUACACAGUCGAUGCCUUCUUCAUCACCGACGGCCGCUCGAGGAGGAAAGCUAUCAGCAGCCCCAGGACCAUCCAGAGGCACACCUGCAACGAGUGCGGCAAAACCUACGCCACGUCUUCCAAUCUGAGCCGGCACAAACAGACACAUCGCUCGCUGGACAGCAAGCUGGCAAAGAAAUGUCCAACCUGCGGGAAGGUGUACGUGUCCAUGCCUGCCAUGGCCAUGCACCUGCUCACUCACGACCUCAAGCACAAAUGCGAUGUGUGUGGGAAAGCGUUCAGUCGACCGUGGCUUUUGCAGGGCCACAUGCGCUCUCACACGGGCGAGAAGCCGUUCGGAUGCGCCCACUGUGGGAAGGCCUUCGCAGACCGCUCGAACCUGCGCGCUCACAUGCAGACCCACUCGGCCUUCAAACACUUCAAGUGUAAACGCUGCAACAAGACCUUCGCGCUCAAGAGUUACCUGAACAAGCACUACGAGUCCGCCUGCUUCAAAGGCCCCUUCUCUCCUCUAGGCCCCCUAGAUGCAUGA